UCCCCAUCAGCAGCAGAGCAACACCAAGUCACCAACCAUGGCUGCUCCCACAAAAUCUAGCCUCCACAACAACCUUCUCUUCUUCUUCUUCCUCUUCUCCAUCUUCACCACCUCCGUCGUCACCGGAGCCCACCCGCUGGACCAGCUUAGCCCGGAAGAGCUCACCUCUAUCCAAGCCAUCUUCACCGCCACUUACCCACCUGAUCCCUCCCAAAAAAACACCACUUUCCACUACAUCGGCCUAGACGAACCCGACAAAAACGCCGUCGUUUCAUGGCUCCACCACCAGCAGCACCAGCCCUCCUCCGCCUCUCCGCCGCCGCCGCGCCGGGCCCUGGUAAUCACCCGGGUCAACCGGGAGACCCACGAGAUCGUAAUCGACCUGGCGACCCGGACCGUCGUGUCGGAUCGAAUCUACGACGGGUUCGGGUACCCGACGGUUACUUUCGAGGAGCAAGUUGUUGCGAAUCUGUUGCCCAUGGAGUACGGCCCGUUUAAGGAAUCGGCGGAACGGAGAGGGGUUGAUUUGACUGAGGUUACCUGCUCCUGCUUUCCGGCGGGGUGGUUUGGGGAGGAAAAGAAACGGAGGGUGGCUAAAUUGCAGUGCUUUUCGACCAAGGACACCGUUAAUUUCUACAUGGUGCCGUUAGAAGGGAUAACGAUGGUGGUCGAUUUGGAUGCGAUGGAGAUUGUGGACUACAUGGACAGGGAUGAGGCUCCGUUGCCGAAAGCUGAGGGAACGGAUUACAGGUUGUCGGCGGUGGAUCCGCCGUUGGGACCCAGGCUUAACGGCGCCGUCUUGGUUCAACCCGAUGGGCCAGGUUUCGCCGUCGAUGGGCAUACCGUCAGCUGGCUAGACUGGAAGCUGCACGUGUCCUUCGACGCCAGGCUGGGAUCCAUGAUAUCCACGGCCCAAAUUUACGAUCCAGAACAGCAGGCCCACCGGAGCGUCUUGUACAGAGGGUACAUAUCUGAGAUCUUUGGGCCGUACAUGGAUCCAUCUCCGAACCACUACUUCAAGUCGUAUUUGGACGUCGGGGAAUAUGGGUUCGGUUUAUGCACAGUCCCUUUGGUCGCCGGCAUCGAUUGCCCCGCCAACGCCGUGUUCAUGGACGGUUACAUCGCCGCCGGAACCGACGGCAGCCCGGUGUUGUGGCCCAACGUCGUUUGCAUAUUCGAGAGGCAUUCAGGGGAUGUUAUGUGGCGACACACUGAGCUUGGCAUUCCAAACAGAGUGGUGACUGAGACUAGAGCGGAUGUGAGCUUGGUGGUGAGGUCGGUAGUGACUGUUGGCAAUUAUGAUCACAUUGUAGAUUGGGAAUUCAGGCCAAGUGGUUCAAUUAAAGUUCAGAUUGGGCUAAGUGGGAUUCUAGAAGUAAAGGCAUCCACUUACACCAACGUGGACGACAUAAAAGACGGCGAGGAAGCGUACGGCACAAUUGUAGCGGACAACACAAUAGGAUUGUACCACGACCAUUUCUUCGCCUACUACCUCGAUGUCGAUGUCGAUGGCGUAGCCAAUUCUUUCGUCAGGAGAAAAGCCGUGACCAAAAGAGUGACCAACGACGAUAAAAACGUUUCGCCCAGAAAGAGUUAUUGGACCGUGGUUCCGGAAACUGCCAGGACCGAGCUGGAGGCCCGAAUCCGGAUAGCCACCGAGGGGCCUGAGGAGCUGGUCGUGGUUAACCCGAGCAAGAGAACCAGGAACGGGAACCCAAAUGGGUACCGUUUGGUGCCCGGUCCAACCAUAAACCCGCUCUUGACCGAGGACGAUUACCCACAAAUCAGAGGUGCAUUCACCAAUUACAACAUCUGGGUUACUCCUUACAAUAGGUCGGAACGUUGGGCGGGGGGUCGAUUCGUGGACCAGAGCAGGGGGCAGGACACGCUGGCGGUAUGGACUCAGAGGGAUCGGGAGAUUGAGAAUCGAGACAUAGUGGUGUGGCAUGUGAUCGGAUUUCGUCAUAUACCUUGCCAAGAAGAUUUUCCGAUGAUGCCAACAUUGAGCGGCGGAUUUGAACUUCGGCCCAAUAAUUUUUUCGAGGCCAGCCGGGUUCUCAAGGUUGUUCCUCCGUCGCCGGUGACAAUUGGUAACUGCACCGCGGCGGUUGCUAAUCGGAUUCAAAUUUAAUAGUCCAUAAUUGCAUCUAAAAAAAAAAUAAAGGACUGGUGUACUUAGUAGUUAGUACUAUACAUUGCGCCCAUCUUGUAGUUUAGAUAUCAAAUCUAUGCUAUUUGAGAUGCAUCUAUUUACUAUUUUUUUUUUUGUCAUAGAUAGAGUUAAUAAAAUAUCCUCAUAGAACAACAAGCAGCAAUAAUGCGACAGUUGGCCAAUAGUCAAACUGUUGAUGAGAGGGUCUUUUGAGUCACUAAAUGGGUAGUCCUAUUGAACAUGCGAGGAGUAAUUUAAUAUAAAAUAUGUGAAGGUGCUUCAUAUUCAACAUUCUUUAAUUUAUUUUAAGAUUUAGUUGGCGGUGCACAAGCAAAAUGUAUUACGAGGAAAUAUAGAGAAAAAUGAAGUCUAUGAAGUAACCAAGGUUGUCAACCCGCGGGUCGACCCACUUUGACCCUGACCCGCUGAGAAAAACGGGCCGCACACACCCGCCGGGUCGACCGCUAUAAGGUACCGGGUUGAAGGUCAAAUUGUAUCAUUUUUUUCUUUGGUUUGCGAAAUGCGCAUAUUUUCCGAUUUUUCUUUUCGCCUAACUCAAUCUUUGGAAUCCUAAGUUGAAUAUUUGAAUAUUGAUGUAUAUAAGUGUGUGUGAAUUUUCACUUUAUGCUAUAUCUAAGUACGAUAUGUUAUUUUGGCGUAAUAUUAUAUGUUAUAACUCAUAUGUGAGAUAAGAUUUGAUAUAAUUUAUAAGGAAAAGUACAAUAUAAUGACUCUUUCUAUAGUUUCGGGCCAAACCGGACUAAAACGGUUGACCCAUUAACCCUUGACCCACUAGCUCGACCGGGUCCGGGUCAACCCGCGGUUUGACAACCUUGGAAGUAACGCUUUGGAUAUAUUAUUAUCGGGGCUAUUUUUGACAGUAUCUAAAGGAGUACCAUCACAUAUUUUGAGAUUUUUUUAAAACCAUUUUCCUUUGACUUUUAAUGUUACAGAUCACGAAUUCGGUUCGAGACUGUUCUCCACUAAUAAUGAAGUAUUGAAGUCUAU